GCGUAAAGAUUGAACACAGAACAGUCGUGUUUAUUUUAAAAUUUAAUAAAUUGAAUAUUUGUGUAGGUAAUAGUUAUGUCAGGAUUGGAAAAUCUUAGCGAAAGGGACAAAGCUGUGCUGCGAAGUAUUUUUGAUCCCACUGUUACUAUCGCUGCUAAUGUGGUGGAUGAGGGUGACAACUUCGUUGAAGAAGAUGAAGAACCUACAACUGACGCAACAAAAGCAUCGGUGUCACUAUGUGCUGAAGGUGUGUGUCUCGCUGAAGCAGGGAAACUAGAAGAGGCACUAAGUGUCAUGAAUAGAGGUGUCGACGCAGACCCUGACCGCGCUGCGGCGUACAACGACAGAGCUCAGUUGUUAAGGCUUUUGCAGAAAGAUGAUGACGCAAUGUCUGACCUAGAACGCGCGUUACAACUAACAACUGGUCGCAAGACCCGCGCACGUGCACUGGCGCUGUGCCAACGAGGGGUGCUCCUGCGUAAACGAGGAAACGAUGAUGCGGCACGCGCUGCGUUUGCUGAAGCCGCUAAUCUAGGCAGUGGAUUUGCUAAGAAACAGGUGGUGGAUAUGAAUCCUUACGCUGCACUGUGCAACCAAAUGUUGAGCCAAGUUAUGAGAGGAGAGAAGGAAAUUAAACUAUAAAAAUAGUUUUGGCUGUAUCAAAAUUAUUAAGAGACAAAAAGAUUCUUCAAGUAUACAACAUACAAAACUAAAAAUGUAUUUUUAUAAUUUUGUACUUAUUCAAUAAACGA